AUGCGGCGACGGACCCGGCAGAUCAGGGAGAAUGAAGGUCUCUACGGUAAGGUCGCGCGUGGCUUCCGGUCGCAAUCCAAUCACGGUUCGCUGUGUUGACGAACCGUGAAAUUGUUGUUGUGGUCUGUUCGUACAGGAAAUGAGAUUUGAAUUUGGAGAGGGGGUUUAUAUGGGACUAAUGGGAUGAAGCGUGCACUUGAUUGGAGAAGUGUGAUAAGUUUGGGUGAGGAAAAAACGGGUUAAAAGCCGGAGACGAUAAAGAUUGUGUUUUGGGAAUUGAAGAAGAGGUCAGACGCGGUGAUUUUGGACAGAAAUUUUUGUAGUUUGCACGAUUUUUCAUCAAGAUUUUGGGAUAUUAUCCAUAAUGUAUAGUGCUGAUUAGAAAAAUUGUUUUUUUUUUAUUUUUUUUUGAAAGAUAAUCGAAGUCAUUUUGCUUUUGAGACAUCCUCAUUGGUCUAUAGAUAACAUUGUGACAUUCUAUGACAGAUCUUAUCUGACUUUUUCCCACUAAAUUUGACGAUAUUAUACAUGAUCAUCUAAAAUUUCAAUUUGAUCAAAACUUCAAAAUUUUUCCUUAAAGUUCUCUACAAUUCUACUGUAGACAAAUACAGUUUUGUCCUUUUGUCCUUCAAAAACUCCCACACACAGAGGUCACAGUUCUGGAUCAUUUUUAUAUUAUACUUCCUCCUCACCUCUGACUUGUUGUAGGCUAUGGGUUGGGUUUGUAUCUUUUGCUGUCUAUUACUCAUCGAGUAGUCUUUGCGACUUUGUACAUGCUUUUGCAAAACAAGCUUAUAAACGAGGAUUUUGAAUCAGAUUUUUCAGUGACCAUGGGUAAUAUUGUACUAGGUCGGAAGGGUAAUGUUCGUGAUUUGGAGAAAGUGGUGGUGGAUGGUAAGUUGAAAAUAGAGGAUAUUUUGAAUCUUGGAGCUAUAGGGGUUUUUAUGGGGUUGUUGUGCAUAUUUUUAUACCAACUUUUUACUUGGUGGUGAAAAGGAAAAAAGUGGUGUAAGGAAGGUACAAUCUCGACACUUUUAUGAGACGGUAUUGAACUAGAGAGCCAAUCAAGAUAAACUUGGUUAGAAAUCAGUGGGAAAUAAGGAAGAAGUUCGAUAAAUCAACUGGUUACACUCUGUACUGUCCAUUCUUCCAGUGGAAAAGACUUGGUCAUCCUGCGACUACAGUUGGGGACCUGAUCCAAUGGCAAAAAACGUACCAUUUUGAAUCCGAGAAGCAUCAAAAAUGGGGCAAAAUGCUUCCCUCUCCAGGUGAAAAAACUUCGUUUUGAAGGGCGCGCCUUUUCCCUCACAAAAUGAGCGGGCGCCUUUUGAAAUCGGAGUUUUUUCACUUCGAGAGGGAAGCAUUUUGCCACAUUUUUGAUACUUCCCGGAUGCAAAAUAGUACGUUUUUUGCCACUGGAUCAGGUCUCCCCACUGUAGUCGCAGGAUGACCAAGUCUUUUCCACUGGAAGAAUGGACAGUACAGAGUGUAACCAGUUGAUUUAUCGAACUUCUUCCUUAUUUCCUACUGAUUUCUAUCCAAGUUUAUCUUGAUUGGCUCUCUGGUUCAAUACCGUCUCAUAAAAGUGUCAAGAUUGCUGCAAAAAGUUUGUCAAUUUUGUAAUAUGGAGCAAAGUCCAGUAGAAGGGAUCUAUUUACAAUCUUCUCACUUUUCCCCUCGCCUGUUUUUCACACAGUUGACAGCCAAUCACAUGCAUAGUAUAAUAUCAAGAAGUAUGUUUAAUGGAGCUAAUGAUCAGUUAAUUGUCAAUUGUCUAUCGUUUCCCCCCGUCGCUGCAACAGAGGGCUCCAAAAGACGCGAGGGUUUUUUUUAAAGUCUCGAUUCGGUGGUCUAUCUUGUAUGUUUUCCGUUCGAUCGGCUUUGAACGGAAGUCGGGGUUUGUCUUAUAAAAAAAUUGCGGGUAACCCCGCCCCCAACGCUUCUCAAUCACAUUUCUUUUUAUCAAGCGACUGAUUUCCGGCUCCAUAAAUCGUUUCCAAGCAUCUUUUUUUUUGUAAAAUUGAAAAAUCAUCGCGCGGACUUCGCAGAUUUUGCAGGGAUAAGUCUGCAAGAAAGCGUUCGAAAUGUUUGAAGAUGGGGUUGGUGUUGAGAUUGUAGGGUCGGGAAUGGAUUAUUGGAUACUGUAGUUUGUGAGAAUGUAAAAUAUUUUUAUAUUUUGUGUAUUGUGAUGAGGGAAAUUUGAGAUUUUUCGGUUGUUGAGAUAAAAUGGUUGUUAAAAAUCUAAGAGUCGUCUAUUUUUCAAAAUUUUAGCUCUGAAAUUUAAGGUUUUAGUGAUUUUUUGGGUCCCACCACGAAAUCUUUUGAACCUGAAAUUUUGUGAUUUUACCCCUCAGUGUGUGAUUUUGAGAUGACUUAUGAACUAUUCAUGAAUUUUUUAAACUUUUUUGACCCCUAAAAUUUUUCAGAUGCAAUGCACGACGCACAGGAUAUGAUUGCCCGCGAGGCGAAUUUCGACGCCGCCGGCACAAAUAUGCCAUAUCUGUAUCGGCCGGCGUCGCCCACGCCGCAAAAACGACCAGUCGAGGACGAUGAAACGGGAGGAUUCCUCACGAAAGAACACCUCGCCGAAGAGGCGCACUAUUCAGCUAUCUAUGCCAAACAGGUAGGGUAAUAUAAUUUUUUGGAAAUCUUGGAGGGGAAAUUUUUGUUUUUGUGGUUGGAAAUUGAAGAUGAUGACUUAAAAAUUAUUUUAGCCCUAUAUUUUACGACCAUUCACAUGGAUCAUGCGGAUGAAACGCACCUUAAAGGACGAUUUUGGCUCCAUUUUACUUCUUUUAUUCCUCUAUUUACUACAGGUAAAAUUUUGGUUUUUUUGCUUCGAAUUUUGGCGGUGUGAUGGAUGACCAUGUAUAUCAUUGCAGGGUAUACCAUUAGGAUUGAUCUCAGCAGUUCCAUUGAUCUUACAAAGCAAAGACAUCACGUACGCACAGCAAGCUGUCUUCUCCUUCGCACAUUGGCCUUUUAGGUAAGUUUUCUUAAAUUUUUUGGGGAUUUUUUUUGUUGUAAAUUGCGUUGUUGGAUAGUAAAUGAGCUCGGUUUAGCAUGAAACUUCUCUGGGCACCGAUUGUCGACUCUCUGUACUUCAAAUCCAUCGGCCGAAGGAAAUCCUGGAUGGUCCCGUGCCAAUACUUGAUUGGAGGAUUCCUCCUGGUAGUCAGUUACUAUGUCCCCGAAAUUAUGGGCACAAAUGGCAACUCACAGCCCAACGUUUUCUUCCUUAUGGCCGUUUUCCUGCCGCUCAACUUUUUGGCGGCAACGCAAGAUAUUGCAGUGGACGGAUGGGCGCUGACAAUGUUGUCGAGAAAAAAUGUGGGCUACGCGUCGACUUGCAACGUUGUGGGACAAACUGUCGGAUUCUUCAUGGGAAAUGUGGUCUUCUUAACAUUACAGUCAAAGGAUUUUGCCAAUAAAUGGAUCAGAACGGUCCCGGAAGAUAAGGGACUGGUCGAGUUUGAUGGUAUGUGGAAAAUCAUCGAUUUUUAUGGCUGUUAUAUAAAAUUUAUUGAUGAAACAAGCAGAAUAUGAUAGAACGAGGCGUUAGGAUGGGUUUAAAAAUGCAUAGAGACAAUGCCAAGAAAGAACGGUUUCGUGUCGGGACCAGAAUGAAUAAGGGAUAUAUGCUAAAUUCUUCUACGGCCUAGGUUCCAGGGCAGAAAACGUUGGGAUUUGAUAGUCAAGAUUUCAAUUUAAAGCAGUGUUAUCAAGAUUUUUUGAGAUUUUUCGUUAUUUAUGGAGCAGUUUCCGACGAAGUUGUGACGGUGAAUGGUGAAUUUAGCAAGUUCGUCCAAGCCAAUAAAAGGUGUCAAAUAGCAUGAGCUCACAGCUGAAAAUAUGAAUUGUGAAAUUGUAAUUACAGUUUGGAGUAAAUAGCGAUUUUUUUCUCACCUUGUGUUUUGGAAUUGGUCGUAAAUGGCCGACAUUCCGUAGCCCCCACGCUCGCUGAUUAUCACCGCACUCCACCAAUUCCCAAACCUUUUCUCGGCGACUUGCUUCAUAUGCCUAAAUUGUGAAGGAUUAGAAAAAUUAGUUCAAUGGGAAUCGAGUUAUAUUACACUUGAUCAGAUGGUCUAAAAUAAGGAAAAUCAGCUUACUUGGCUUGAUAACUGUACUGAUGAGGGUAAAGGCCAACAGUUUCUAGUAUAAUCUCCCGUAAUUUAUCCGAUUUGCAGUUGUCGUCUGAAAUUGAAUUCAAUUUUUGAAAUUUUUUGGCAGUUUUUUUGAAAUUUUGCACUAUUUUUUAAGGUUUUUGUUAAAAAUUUUGAAACUUUCAAGAAUUUUAGUUGCCUUUGUACUGUAAGGAACUUGGUUUGCUAUGCCUUUCUGAUUUCUGCAAAUAUUUUACUAGUAAACAAAUGAAGUUCAUGCUUCCCACACCACGGUUUCCGGCAGACCAACGAAAAAACAAAAAUAAUUGGAAUAGUUCAACCUUUUCCGACUGUAAAGACCUGACUGUAAAAAGUUCUCCGGAAAUGGAGCUUUAAUUUCUUUCCCCCCGGAUCAAUUACCGGAACGGAAAGAGCAGUAAUAUUGAUGUUGUUGGGAAAAAAGAUGUAGAUUGUAAGGAAAGAAGGGAAGAUAAAAGUGUACAAUAAAUGAAUGUUGUAUUUUAAGACUACUAGGAGAGUUUUGGAUAGGUUUUGGAAGAUUUUUUUUUGAAAUUGCAAAGAAUUUGAAAAUUUUUGAUGUCAAGUAUAAUAUACGGAUUUUGAUAAAAGUUGUGGAAAAUGAUGGGUAGAGUGUGGUAACAUACCUGGAGAAGUUUUAUGGUGCAUUUUGCAAAAGGUAUUGAGAUAUGAGAUUUUUUGAAAAAUAUUGUUUAACGAAAAAUGAGUGUUUUCUUCGGUGAAAACCUUGUUUUCCAGUAUGUUAUAGUGUAAAAUGUUGUUUGGUCUCACCGAAAAAACUUUCUCAGAUUUUUCUCUUCCGCAGAAACUGUUGAAAAAUUAGCAAAUCGGAAGCGCUUUCUCUAAUUUUCUCUCGCUUUUGGUUCAUUUCUCACCUGCAAAGGAAAUGAGAUCACCAAAAAAAGUGUUCGCACGCUCAGCUUAAUUUCCGGUGAGCCGACACACUUUUCUCCCCCCUUCCAUCAAUCAUCGAUUAACGCACGAAAGGCAGAGUACAGUACAAAAAAUAUAUGUCUGGAGAAUUACGGUACUUAUUUUGCGUUUUCCGAAUUUCUUGGAUUCAUAGAAAAAAUUCCUGGCGCCACUGAAAUAUUUAGUUUAAUUGACAAGUCGCUAAUUAUGUUAUCUAUGUGUUGAUGUGAAGAGAAGUCCCCGCGCUCUAAUCGACCGUGAAGUUUGGUCUACUGUAGUGGGGGGAGAGAUGGUCAUAAGUUGGAUUUGAAUUAGCGGAAGCGUUAGUAAGAGUUUAGUGAUUUCUGAUUCUCAAUGGUCGAAAUUGCGGGGACAAGUCAAAGGGUUGCGAUGAUAAUGAAUGAACAGAAAGCAUAAUACGACAAAAGGUCGAUGAAGAGAUCAAGGAGACUCCAAUUUGAUAUCGAAAGGUAUCAUAGAGAGAUUUACAUUAAUGUCUCUGUGAUACCUUUCGAUAUCAAAUUGGAGUCUCCUUGAUCUCGCGUUGGUAAGAGUUUAGUGAUUUAUUUCAAAAAUUGAAACAACUAAACAUCCAUAAAGAGAUCAAGGAGAUUCCAAUCUGAUAUCGAAAGGUAUCAUAGAGAGAUUACGUUAAUGUUUCUGUGACAAGCUGCGUUGGGAUGUAGCCUGACUACGUCGCUACGCGACUCGUCAGCCUACAUUCCCAACGCGGGUGUGCGCGCAAAGCGCCACCUAAUUAGCCUAAGCCUAAGCAGCCUAAGCGGCUAAGCAAACUAAGCCUAAGCGGCUAAGCAGCCUAAGCAAACUAAGCCUGAGCUAAGCCUACGCAGCCUAAGCGGCUAAGCAAACUAAGCCUAUGCGCUAAGCACCGCGCAGUGCACCUUAUCAACUCACAGUGCAUCUUUUCACCGCACAGUGCACUCGCGAAAACCCGGAGAAAAUAAAAAAAUUUCGAACCCGCGCGAACCCAACCGAUAUCGCCCUCGGAAAAAUACUGGGACCCGAAAUCGACGAGAAAGCUAAAGAAAUUUUUGCUCUCUCACGAAAAUGGAAAAUCAACUUUUGCCACGCCCCUUUUUCCACGUUGCGACACGGUUUGCACAGUGCAAUCUUGCCAAACGAAGCCUUUCCCAAUUUGCACCGUGCGAAAUUUGUUGGCGGAGUGUCGCAAAAGAUUUUGCAGACACUCCCCUUCGAAACCUGAAAUUUGGAAAAAUUUGCACGGUGCAAUCAACAAAAAAGCCUACGUUCGUAGGCUUUUUUUCAUUUUGCACAGUGCGAAAAACACCCUCCAAACGUUUUUCCCAGGCCCCCUUUUGAUUUUCCCACUUUCCCCCCAGACGCACCGUGCACUCUGCAUUUUACCCAAUGAGCUAGGCUUUUUCUCAAUUUGCACAGUGCGAAUCCCAAUUUUGGCUUUGUCGCUGCGCGAAUUUUGGCUUUGUCGCUGCGCGACAAAGCAAAAAUCCGCACAGUGCACCCUUUCGAAAGUGUUUUUGCACAGUGCGGAGCCCCCGCGCUCGGUCCCUUUUUGAUUCCGAGAGAGCCACCCAUGGCGCAGUGGGUAGCGCGGAAGUCUGGCAAUCUGAAGUCCCCGGAGGUUCAAUCCCCGGAAAAAAAAUUCUACCACGUUGUAGUACAAUUAGAGGGCCGUCAUAUUUUGGGUUUUUUACCCAAAAGUUUUGACUUUUUCGGGGUGAAAUAAUUAAUGGAAAAUUUGGCCAGAAUUAAAUUCGGCCAGACCGUAUUUUAGAAAAAUAUGCAGAUUUUUACACUUAUCCUGAUCGAGUUUUCAAUUUCCGAACGAUUGAGCCAGGUCCCGUCUUCGUAUCUCUACUCGUUCAAAAGUUACGGUACUUUUUAUGUUUACGAUGUUACAGUAACCCGGUUUCAAGAAAUGGCGGAAACGCGUCGACUAAUGUUUUGAAGAGCUAUUUAAACACAGUAGAAUGAUUUUUGAGGCGGGUGGAUACGAUCAAAAUUGACCGAGAUACUGUAACUUUAAGCCAGACACCUUGUUACAGUAAUCCCUCGUGUAGCGACAGACCUGGAACCGUGAAAUACACCUUGAAAGACGUGUAAUGACGAGUACUACCAGUGCUGUGAAUUUUGUCCGGCGCGAUCGCGUCAACGCUGAGAAAAUGGCGAAAAAGCGCCUUACGGCGCAGAAGCUACCGUAACCCACAGUAAGCCGAAAAAAAUCGGCGAGAUAGGAGGACUAUGAUACCACUUCUGAUGGUGAUUUUUCACGUAGAUUCAGAAUCUGGCAUCAGAAUUUGGAAUUUCCUUCAUCUACACCUGUAGCCUAAGGGUUGAAAAAAUUGAAAAUGUUAUAGUAACCGUAGUUUUGAAUUUACAUGAAAGAAUCCAAUUAGAAAGUUUGAAAGGAAUAGAAAACACGUCCGAUAAAGAAAGAAUGGAACUCGGCGCUCGCUUCGCUCGCGAGAUGUUUUUGAGUAUGUCACAAAAUCACUUCGCGAAUUGUUUAGAACCGGGGACUGUAACCCGCCGUCCGAAAACCACUUCAGGCGCUUCCAAAAAACGCUCCGCAACUUUCCAUGGCAGCGAUUUUUGAUUAAGGUCCUAGUUCCCGAGAUACGAAAAUCGGAUUUUGGAUUUGAAAUCCGGAUAUAACCGAUAUGCAAAUUUUUGUUCAAAAAGCAUGUCAGAUUUGGAGUCAGCGUGAAAAAUGACCCACAGUGCAUGAAGGAAACGUGUGGAUAGCUGGCCGUUUUCAUGUCGAAUCGUUUUUGACUUUUUGGAACCUUCCAGUCCCGAGAGCCGCCCGCGAUGGGGACGCGACCGCGUUAUGUAGAAAUUUCUGAAAAUCUAUUUGAAGUGUUUUGCAAGAGAUCUAUCGGAACGGGACCUGGCUAACUAUCUUUAAAAAGCCGCAAAGGUGGCUCAAAAAAGGGGUACUUUUUAAAAAGUCGGUUUUUUGCAAUUUUCAAAAUGACACUCCAACUAUGGUGAAAAAACGAGUACCAUAUUCAGGUGUAGAAUUCCAUUCCACGAAUUCUGAAAAAAAAAUCGGCAGCAUAGCUCCAAAAAGAAAGGAGAAAACUCGAUUUUUCAGUACCGACCGGUCGAUAAUGACAGCCACUAAAAAAAAGUCAUUUGGGUAUCACAAAGAGUAAAAAAAAGAAUGUAUGGAAAAAAAAGUGAAAAAAAUUGAAGUUAAGAGGAAACGGUCAGAAGCCCUUAAUGUAGAGGGGGCGCGGCGGAGCGCGGCUCCCGAUACCUUUUGAUAUCAAAUUGGAGUCUCAUUGAUCUUUCGUUGGUGAGAGUUUAGUGAUUUAUUUUAAAAAUUGAAAAUGAGGAGACAAGGGAAAGGGUUUGUGAUGAAAAAUAUUGAACAGAAAAUGCAAUACGACUAAACAUCCAUAAAGAGGUCAAGGAGACUCCAAUUUGAUAUCAAAAGGUAUCACAAUGACAUUGCCAUUUAUGUCUCUGUGAUACCUUUUGAUAUCAAAUUGGAAUCUCAUUGAUUUUGCGUUGAUAAGGCCAAAAAUUGAAACUGAGGAGACAAGAGGUAUCGAUGGAGAGAUCAACGAGACUCCGAAUUGAAUAUCAAAAGGUAUCACAGUGACAUUUCCAUUUAUGUCUCUGUGAUACCUUUUGAUAUCAAUUGGGAGUCUCAUUGAUCUCUUUUUAGACCAAGUAUCUUCUUUUUUGAUGUAAGGCCCUUAUGAGGCAACUCUGCCACCUUUUCUAUACCCACAAAACUUACGUGCUGUCCGUUGGACGGUAUACAACGGCAUCAACAGAAGCACCAACAAAUAAAGCCCCAAAAAUGAGCACGAUCUUAUUGUCAGACGCCUUGGCAUGCUAAAAAAAUGAUACUAGUCAAUGACAAAUUGUAAAACCGAGGAGUUUUCGGCGUAGAAUGCGGAUGUAAAAGGAGCCUCGGCAGUUGUUCAAAAAAUAGAACAUUCUUUUUCGAUAGUAUUAAAAGGCCAUUUGUUACGUGAAGCAAUACAAUAUAUUAUCAGAAAAGGCAUACUUUGAGCCCGGGCGGAAGUGAGGAGGGGAGAUUGGAGCUAGUGAGGAGUUUUGUGGGUAUUUUUAGGAGGGUGAUUUUGAAUGUAAAGUGGUCAAAAAAAAGUUUAUGUAAUUCUGGUAGGCUGGAUUGGUAAAUCAGUAUGCAGAUGUGUUAAACAGAGAAGUCAUGUGUCAUAUCUAAUAAAUAAUGAAAAAAUUUCUUUUGAGCUGCUUCAGCUCGAAAACAGGUAAAUUAGAACCCAUUAGGUCUCAAUUUGAGCCUCAUCAUGAAAAAAGAAGGUCUUGGAUGUCAUUUACAAGCUUUCAGUAGUAUAUUUUGAGCUGGUGAAGGUUCCAAAUCACCUCCUCAGAUCCCCUCAAAAUAUUACAGUAAGACCUAAAAUCUCCUCCGGAAACACAAACGAAGAACAAAGUUUUCGCUAGUUCUUUGACUUUGCUCUAUUUAUUAGUUUGUAGUGGUCUCGAAAGCGCCGAGCGGCAACUCAAAAAGCGGCCGAAAAACAGUUUAAUGCGAUCGAAUUACAAGCGUGACAGCAAAGGAUUUACGUCAAACUUGUGGGAGGAAUGGAAUCCCGAACUUUCGGUCAUUAUUUACAGCGGAACUAAACAUUUGCAUAAAUUCGAGAGCGAAAAAAAAGAGAUAAAAUUUGUUGCCGAAGUGAAAGGGAAAUCAAUUAGAGACCCGCAAUAAAAUUCGAAUUUCCACGGAUUCCAAACCCAAAAGACCUUCAGCGCCGAUGAUUUUAAUGGAUUUAGAAGAGCUGAAAAGACCCGGGCCUUCGGAUUUUAGAAUUUUACGGGUCUGUGUCGCGAGAUUCGUCAUUUUGGCGGUUUUUAUGGAUGAAUUGGAGAGUUGCGAGUAAUAGCUCAAAAUCUGGCUCAAAAAAGAGAGUAAACAAAAAUAUCGAGAAAGACAAAAAAUGAGCAAAAGUCCAUGGAGUAAAUCAAAAAUAAAUUGAAAAUCUGGGUAACAAAGAGGUAAUUGUAGUCUCGUUUUUAACCAAGGCUUUCGAAGCAUUCAUUUUGGGGCUCUCGGAUACCUUUUGAUACCAAAUUUGAUAUUUCUUUGAUGCCUUCUUGGGCCUUGUGAUCGAUUCCGUCGCAACAGUAAAGUAAUAAAAUUCGCCCAUUAAAUUUGUGUCCUGACACGAAAGCAAUAAAAUUUUGAAGACCAUUUUAUAAGUUAUGAAGAAUCAGCAAAGCUUGUUUUCAAAACCAAAAAAAAUCUCGCAUUCUAACUUUUCCCCUAUCCCAUUUCGCCCUGCCCGUUCGUUAUAUCCAGGUUAAUCCCGGGUAACCCGGAUAUUAUAAAAAACUUUCACACCUCGCCCAAAGCAGGCAACCUAGUGGAACGACCGAUUAGGCGAAUGUUUUUGGGCGCUAUAUGAAGCCCUCUUCCCGUUUUGCUAUUAUAUAAUCAUCGCGCAAUCGCUAUAACUUUUUUGAUUUUCAUUGCACCUUUUUUUGUGUGAGUGAAAGUAAAAAUUAAAGUCAAACAGAGGGUUCCGAUGAAUUUGCGAGUCAAACAAGGGUUAGAUUAGUUUCUAAACGGUUGAAGAGGGUUUGAAAACAAAUGGCAUUGAUAAUUUGGGGGUUGAGUUGAAGAAAAUCGGGUUUUUGGAGAUGGAGGAAAAAUAGAAGAUUUUUGAGAUUUUUGGGUUAGAAAUUAUGCAAGAUAAAGUGUGAAGUACGGUAGACAUUCAUUCUUGCAAUUUUUUAUAUACAGUGACGGACCUGAUGCAGUUGCAAGACGUACCGUUUUGCAUCCGGGAAGUAUCAAAAAAUGUUGCAAAAUGUCUCCCUCUCCAAGUGAAAAAACUCCGAUUUCAAAAGCGCGCCCUUCAAAGCGGAGUUUUUCAGUUGGAGAAGGAGGCAUUUUGCAACAUUUUUUGAUACUUCCGGGAAGCAAAAUGUUAGUUUUUGCCACUGGAUCAGGUCCGGUGCACUGUGUAUAAAAAAAUUACAAGAGUGAGUGUCUAACGUACUUUACAUUUUAUUUCGCAUAAUUUCUAAUCCAAGAAAUUUCAAAAAUAUUCUUUUUUCCUCCAUUUCCCCUAAAAACCCGAUUUUCUUCAACUCAACCCCCAAAUCAUCAAUGCCAUUUGUUUUCAAACCCUCUUCAACUAGUGAGAAACUAAUCUAACCCUUGUUUGACUCCCAAAUUCGUCGGAACCCUCUGUUUGACUUUAACGGCACUGUAACCCUCAAAACAUUAUGUUACUUUAGGCUAAAGUUAUAUAAAACUGACAAUUCUUGAUAAAGUUCCCGUUUUUUGUCUGAAUGCAUGCAAAUAUGGAACCAGAAAGACUCAACCAGUAACAGUUCAUCUGUUUCAGGUUUCGUCUUCUUCUGGGGAUGGGUCUUUGUCAUCUCCACCACGCUGGUCUUCUUCUUCAAACAUGAAAUUGACCAUUCCGUCCCUUCCCAACAAGAAGCCCUCGAAGAUCAGAGCGGUGAAGAUGAACUGGAAGACGAAGUACAUCUCGGAGUUUUUGAAACAUACUCGGUACUCAUGAAAAUCCUGUGUUUGAAGCCUAUGAGAACCAUGGUUUUGGUCCUUUUGACGGCGAAGAUCGCGUUUGCCGCAGCGGAUUCAAUGACGGACCUAAAGCUUAUCAAUGCAGGAAUCACAACGGACAAAAUUGCCUCAAGAUCGAUAUUCUUGACUCCGCUGCAGAUCAUCUUGCCAUGGCUGUUGGGAAAACAAACUGCUGGACCGAAGCCGUUGAAUGUGUUUUUAUGGGCAUAUCCUUAUCGGUAAGAGUUGGAAAUUUUUUGGGAGAGUAGUUUUAGGGCGUUGGAGGAUAUUUUGGGGAUGGAAGUGAUUGAAUCGGUCAAAAAUUACAUUUGAUUAUACUACCUUGAUAUUGGUGUCGGAUUUUUGACUGUUUUUUUUUUUUUUUUUCUUGCCUUUGUAAGGCCGUGAGAGGCAUUUCAAGGAAUUUUGGAGAGUUUAGAAGGGAAUUGGGAGAUUAGGUGGGCCAGGUUUUACCCUAAUAUUACAGUGGGGGACCUGAUCCAGUGGCAAAAAACGUACCAUUUUGCAUCCGGGAAGUAUCAAAAAUGUGGCAAAAUACCUCCCUCUCCAAGUAAAAAAGCUCCGAUUUCAAAAUCUCGCGAGGGAGAUUUAAAAAAAUUAUUUUUGUGGGGGAAAAGGCCUUCAAAAAGAAGUUUUUUCACUUGGACAGGGAAGCAUUUUGCCACAUUUUUGAUACUUCCCGGAUGCAAAAUGGUACGUUUUUUGCUACUGGAUCAGGUUCACUGUAGAUUAGGGUAAUUUUUUGUAAUUGUUUGCUCUCAUGUUCUUUUAUGAGCUAGUCCAACGUAUUUUAAAUCCUCCGUAGGAGCCUUUUGGCCAUUUUUUCACUGAUUUUCCUACUUUGCAGUUCAUAAUUUCGAUCUUUUAGAAUUUUCAUGGGUGUCGUUUUUGCCGCUCUGGUUUAUUGGACCCCAUCAUUCCGAGAAGACAACGGAGAGUACCCAUACACUUACUAUGUGAUCUGGAUUGGAGCCUACUAUUUGCAUCAAAUCGCAUCUUACUGUAUUUUCCUCUCGAUGAUGGCUUUCAACGCCCAAAUUUCGGACCCAAAAAUUGGUGGAACUUAUAUGACCUUGUUGAAUACACUCAACAAUUUGGGAGGAAAUUGGCCUGCAACGUUUGUUUUGUCAGUAACGGACUUUUUCAACAAGAAGAAUUGCAUUUCAACAGCGACAAAGUUGUAAGUUUGAAAUUUGCGGGUUUUGGUCAUGGUGAAGAUAAAUUUUGGUAAAUUUUGGAAGUAAAUGUGCCUUGCGGAUAAGGAAGUGUAUGGUAGUGGAAUCUGGGAUGAAUAAGGGAGGUUUUGAGAUGGAGCUUUUUUAAAAAAAGUAUGAAAAUUUUGCGAUAUGUGAGAUUUUUGGAUAACAUGAAGGAUAAAGUAAAAUUGCCCAUCAUUUUGCGGAAUAUGAUUAGAUUUGACAUAUUGGGGGUGUUUUUGAACUCUCUAAGAUGUCAUAUGACUAGACUGGGUUGGAAUUUCAUUACUCUAAUUUUUGUAAAAUGAGAUUUUUUUCUAUUUUUCGUCAUCUAAAACAGUGGCCAAAUUGAAGACGUUACCCGAAAAAUAAAGCAGAGGGAUGAAAACAAGAUAAUCUGGAAUAAAGUACCCAAUUAUUAGAGAUUACCAUUACUCGAAGCGAAUUUAUUUUUGCUCAGUUAUGUUAUCCAUGAAAAUUUGAUGACUAACUUAAAUUUUGUUCAGAGUCAUCAGCACUUGCACUCAAAAACAUGAAGAAGACCAAUGCAAAGCCGCCGGAAAUGUUUGUGAAUGGGAGAUUGACGGCUAUUACAUCUCCUCGGCCAUCUGCACAAUCGUUGGCCUGAUAUGGUUCAAGAUGUUCUACAACAGAAUUCAGAUGUUCCAAAAGAUCCCACGAUCGGAAUGGCGGGUCAUGAAAACCAAAAACUAG